AUUGGUCCUUGACCCUAACCCCGUCAUUUUUGAGCCGUUAGUGAAGGGGUAAAUUUGUCUUUUCAUCUUGCAGUCACUCUAAUAAUCGAUCAUUAUGCACAUAUACGCAUGAACUCUGUAAUUAAGUACAAAGAUCAUCUUCCUCCUUCCUCAGCUACCCAUUACCCUUUCGCAUUCAUCUUCGUCUUCUCCAACAGAACACAAGGCAGAGGAUCAUCUGUCGAUUGAAAACGAUAAUGGUGUUAACGUUAUGGUCACUUCGUUCCAAACACACUAAAGCAUCAAAUUAUGAUUUGGAAAGGAUAUACCAGGGAACAAGCAACUAUUUCACUCUGAAAAUCCAUCAUGGUGGGAUAUUCACGAAAAGCCCUGGGAGAAGGUACGUAGAUGGAACAAUAGACUAUGUUGACUUCGUAGAUAUUGACGUAUUCUCUGUGCAUGAGUUGGAUACAAUGGUUCGAGAAAUAGGGUACGUAGAAGGGCAAACUUUGUAUUAUCAUUUUCUUAUUCCAGAAGUCGAGUUGGACUUUGGUCUGUUACCUCUAGGAAAUGAUGGGGAUGUGCAUGUAUUGUCAAAUUAUGUGGAAAAAAAUAACCUUUUAAGUAUCUACAUAGAGCAUGGGCACACAAGGGUUAACAGUUAUUUUUUGUCCCCCACCAAGGUUAUUAUUGAGGAGUUGGUUACUGAUGUAUCCCCUGAACUAGAUAGGAACCAAAAGAAGGGAAAAGUUGUUGGGUCUUCUAGGAAAAAAUUAGACUACUCCCAGUCCAUUGUGCCAUAUGGAACAUUUGAUGGACCUUCACAAGUGAUACAGGAUAGUGAGCCAGUUAUGGAUGAUGAGCCAGUUAUGACUGAUGAGCCAGUUUUGAAUGAUGAACCAGUUAUGACUGAUGAGCCAGUUUUGAAUGAUGAACCAAUUAUGAAUGAUGAACCAGAUUUGAAUGAUGAACCAGUUAUGAAUGAUGUACCUGUUAUGAAUGAUGUGCCAAUCAUAGAUGACCAAUAUGAUGAGCCAGUUAUGAAUAAUGAUCCAGUUGUAGAUGAUGAAUAUGAUUGUGGGAUAGUGCAGAUGAAAGUGAUUUUGAUAGUCAGCAUGAUGCAAAAAAAUAGUGUUUGA